AUGUAUAUGGAUUCCGCUCUAUGUCGGUCUUCAUUACGGAUUCCGCUAUGUGUUGGUUUCCAUGUAGAGAACCCUAUGAUACCAGUUAUCAAACCAUCCGAUUUGAUCGACCUUUUGUUGCUAAGAGACUCAAUAAAAGCUUAUACAAACUGGCAGUACACUUUUGAAAAGCUCCAUUCUGCACCGAAGGGAAAUCGCUCCUUGGAAAGAAAACAAAAUGAAAAAAGCCAACAAACGUUUGCUGUAAAAAUAAGAAGAGUAUCUGUGACAGUUGCUUCGGAACGGGUUGAAUGCAUGACCGAAUUCGAGUAA